UGCUUACGGCAUUUUCCUUCAAACAAAGCGGCAAAAAUUUCAAAAUAAUUUGUUAAAAAAGCAAAUAAACGAUUCGAAAAAGAAACCUAUUAAACGCAAACAUGCAGGGACUGUUCAGAGAUCCGGUCCUCGACCGCCACUUCACUGGCCACUCGGGCAGCAUCACCCAGCUCCGCUUCAGCCCCGAAGGGUCUCAGAUCGCGACGUCAUCGUUGGACGGCUCUGUGAUAAUCUGGAACCUGAAACAGGCGUCACGCUGCAUUCGCUUCGGAUCGCAUUCAUCGCCUGUGUAUGGAGUGGCGUGGUCGCCAAAGGGCAGUCUGGUGGCCUCCGCCGGCCACGACCGCUCAGUGAAGAUCUGGGAGCCCAAGGUGCGCGGCGUAUCCGGUGAGUUUGUGGCCCACAGCAAGCCGGUGCGUAGUAUCGACUUUGACCCGACCGGCCAGAUGAUGCUGACAGCCUCCGACGACAAGUCCGUGAAGAUAUGGCGCGUGGCCAAACGCCAGUUCCUCUCGUCGUUCAGCCAGCAGACCAACUGGGUGCGUGCCGCCAAAUUCAGCCCCAACGGCAAGAUGAUUGCCACCGUGAGCGACGACAAAUCGCUGCGUAUCUACGACGUCAACACUGGAGAGUGCACGCGCACCAUCACCGAAGAGCGGGGCGCCCCACGGCAGGUGGCCUGGCAUCCUUGGGGCAACAUGGUGGCCGUGGCCCUGGGAUGCAACCGGAUCAAAAUAAUCGAUGUGGGCGGCAGCCAGCUGCUGCAGCUGUAUGUGGUUCACUCGGCGCCCGUCAAUGAUGUGGCUUUCCAUCCCAGCGGAAAUUUUCUGUUGUCCGGAAGCGAUGACUGCACCAUACGCGUUCUGGAUCUGCUGGAGGGCAGACCCAUCUAUACACUGACUGGCCAUACGGCGGCCGUAAAUGCUGUGGGCUUUUCCCAGGAUGGAGAGAAGUUUGCCACUGGUGGCAACGAUCGCCAGCUCUUAGUUUGGCAGUCUAAUCUGCACACCUACGAUGCCUCCCAGUUCGAGGCCAAGUCUGCCCUGCUCUCCUCCAGCUGCGACACCAGUGUAGCCUCCGUUUACCAGCAGAGCAACGCCAGCAGCACAGCCUUGUCGAACGACCACAGCAUUCGCAUCGAUAUGCGCGAGUCGCACGCCUAUAAGAUUUUGGACGGAAACUUCCAGGUGCUUGACAGUGAACACACAAAGCUACCAUAGACACCAAAAAGUGCCAGCAAAUCUUCUUCGGUUGGUCAGCCGAAAGCGCUGCUGUCGAACGCCAAACUGGUGUCCAAGGAGUUGGACUUCAAGCCUCGCAGCAACAGUCCGAGCUUUUUUUAGUUCACUAUUAACUAUUAACAAAUAACUAGAAGAACCUGGCAAUAAUUACAAAUAUCGAUUCUCUAUCUUAGAAGUUA